GUGUCGACAGCAGUACGAUAGUCGAGAACUAAGAUAUACUUUGAAGCAGAGAGAUAAAGAUACCUGGAUUACGCCUGAUUGUGGGCAUUACCUACACAUACAUGUCCUUUACCUCCUCCUGCACUUGAUCUCUCGGCUACCCUACAACAGCUUCAAUCAUGGCCCUUCAUAAUAAUGGCCUUCUUCAAGCGAACAGUGCUUUCAUCAACGGGAAAUGGCUGCAAGCGAAGGAUGACCAAUUAUUUGAUGUUUUAGAUCCGGCAACAUGGACGCCAAUCGCUGCGGUCCCAGAUCUUACACAGGCAGAGUGUAUUAAAGCUGUUCAGUUUGCAGACUCCGCGUUGCACAAGCUGUCCGCAAUGACAGGGAAACAUAGGGGACAGCUCCUGCGUGAAUGGUUUCGCCUAAUUAUGCAAGCAAAGGACGACCUAGCAGAUAUCAUCACCGCCGAGAACGGCAAGACUAUAUCUGAGGCUCGAGGAGAAGUCUCAUAUGCAGCAGAUUUCGUUGACUGGUAUGCUGGUGCUGCCCCUCGUGUUCAAGGCACGGUUGUCGAAUCCUCCGACUCCACCAAGCGGGUACUUGUUAUUAAGCAACCAGUCGGUGUCGUGGGUAUCAUAACGCCGUGGAACUUUCCAGCUGCAAUGAUUACACGAAAAGUUGCUGCGGCGUUAGCAGCAGGCUGUUCUUGCGUAGUCAAGCCAGCCCCUGAAACCCCUCUCACUGCUCUUGCCUUGGCAUCUCUUGCCGCUCAGGCAGGAUUCCCCCCUGGCUCGUUCAACAUUGUCACAACAAAGGCGCAUACUAUUGACAUCGGUCGAGUACUGACGCAACAUCCAAUUAUACGAAAGUUCUCCUUCACAGGGUCUACUGCCAUUGGAAAGCUUCUCGCUAGUCAGUGUACCACCACUAUGAAGCGUGUUAGUCUAGAGCUGGGAGGCAACGCACCUUUCGUCAUCUUUGACGAUGCAGAUCUUGAGGCGGCGGCUGAAGCAAUCAUGGCCAGCAAAUUCCGGCUUUCUGGGCAGACAUGCGUCUGCACUAACCGAGUCUAUGCUCAAACGGGCAUCUAUCAAGAAUUAGCCUCCAUACUUGCCGCAAAGGUCAAGUCCUUGAUUCUAGGUCCUGGGGGCGACGCAAACACAACUAUUGGCCCCUUGAUUACGAAGACUGCUGUCGCCCGCGUAGAGGGUCAUGUCAAGGAUGCAUUCUCAAAAGGAGCCAAGGUGAUAGUAGGUGGAAGAAGAGCACCGAGCCUCGGUGAUGCAUUCUUUGAGCCUACUCUCCUUGUUGAUGUUCCUGCGGACGCUUUAUGCGCACAAGAAGAAACUUUUGGCCCAGUACUUCCGUUGUUCAAAUUCGAAAGUGAUCAAGACGCCAUCAACCUGGCAAAUGACACUAAUUUUGGUCUGGCUGGUUACUUUUUCACCGAGAACGUUCAUAAGGCCUGGACAGUGGCUGAGAAGAUGGACGUCGGAAUGGUUGGUGUCAAUACAGGUCUAAUAAGUGAUGUUGCAUCCCCUUUUGGAGGCGUAAAAGAGAGUGGUCAAGGACGAGAGGGGUCGUAUCUGGGGGUUGAAGAGUUCCUCACGGUGAAGAGUAUUAGUUUUGGGAUUAAAGCUUGACAAAUUACUUUGUCAGUUUUCCUGUUGCGACGUAAAUAGGGACUGUCUGGGCGUCCCUCAACAUUUGAUGGAUGGCUCUCAAGAUAGGGCUGACGCUUUCCGAGGUCGGUUUUCAUGGCACCCACAGAGUUUUGAGUGUUAGAAAUGGAAUAAAAUAAAGCCAACGGUCUUGAU